GAAAGGCAUGGCAUAGGGCGGUUGACUAAAGUAAGCAGCGUUUCCAACGCUGUUUCCUUGGUUUGUGAUAGACGAGAUCUACACCCGCGAUUCCUCAGAUCUUCAAAGGAGCUCAGAUGGAAGAAAGGAAGCAAUCACGCUAUGUCAAACUCUCCAAAGAUCAGUCACCUCUCGAAGAUAUCACCCCUGGCGAACUCAACCAACCAAUUCAGGUUCCUCAGUUGGAUGUUCGCAAGUGCCCUGAAUGUAGACAGCCGCUACCUGAAAGCUAUUCACCUCCUGCAGAUGAACCUUGGACGACUGGGAUCUUUGGAUGUGCUGAAGACAGAGAAAGCUGCUUGACUGGACUGUUUUGUCCUUGUGUAUUAUUUGGGCGCAAUGUAGAAAGAUUGAAGGAAGACACUCCUUGGACUGGGCCAUGCAUUUGUCAUGCCCUUUGUGUUGAAGGUGGCAUUUCUCUGGCUGUAGCAACUGUAGCUGCAACUUCCAUCUUUCCUGCUGUUGACCCGGGGACUGUAUGUCUCAUUUUUGAGGGUUUAAUGUUUACUUGGUGGAUGUGUGGCAUUCACACUGGUCAAGUUCGGCAAUCAUUACAGAAGAAAUAUCACUUGAAGAAUUCACCGUGUAAUGCAUGCUGUGUGCACUGCUGCUUGCACUGGUGUGCCUUGUGUCAAGAACACAGGGAGAUGAAGGGACGGCUCUCAGACAAUUUAUUUUCAGAAAUGACUGUUGUAAACCCUCCUCCCGUUCAAGAGAUGAAGUCCACCACCGAGGACAAGGAAAUUCCCGAAACCUCUUCACCUAACAAUAACGAGCAUACUGAAGUGGAGAUACAGGCUGUAUAAGCUAUACAAUACCAUUGUUAAUACUUAAUACUGAGGGUUGGGGGGUAAUGUGUUUAUUUUAAUAGAGGAUUUUUUCUUUUCACCUUUGACGUUGAGUUAUUUCUUCCCGUUUCUUUGGACAUGUCACAUGUAGGUGUAUCACAUACAUAACUCUCAUCGGCUUUAGAGAUCCAUAUUAUUAUAUACCGAAUCCUUAAUUUUGAAUUUGUUUUCCGGCUUAAAAUAAAUACAUUAUGCAAGA